GAGAACGUGGUGAGUUUUGACCUAGCUCAUUUCAUUUGAUUUUUCAUUGUUGCUUGAUUGAUUACCAGGUUAUUUGGUCCUACAAUUGGAAUUAAAUAAAAAUUUAAGAUAAUGGCUGGUGGAGACGCUAAUGUAGAUAGUACAAAAUUAACAGGUCUAAGCAAAAUUUUCAAUGGGCAAACAACCAGGGGAAGAGCUCAUGUUGCCAUGGCUACCUAUGCUACUGUAGGACUCAUCAUUGCCUUUUUUGCUCUUAAACCCAAAUCAAAAAAGUAAAGUAGCACAAUAUAGUAAUCACUAGAAUUAUAUCUACAAAUUUUAUAAACAUUAAAAUCCAAAUAAAAAUGUUAUAAUUGUUA